AUGGCUUCUGCAGUGACCAACAAGGAGGAUUACAAGGCUCGUAUUGAGGAGAAUUUGGACAACACAUUGGCUGAGUGCUUCAUUCCUGAGCUUGGUAUGCCGAUGAAGGGAAAGGUCCGUGAGAUUUAUUUUACCGAUGCCAACGUGGUUAUGGUUACUAACGACAGGGUUUCUGCAUUCGACUACGUUCUGCCGAAUCUUAUUCCCUUCAAGGGUCAGGUGUUGAACACUAUCUCGCAGUGGGCUAUGAACUCGACGAAGGAUAUUGUACCCAAUGCUAUGGUUGGCGACAAUUUGGUGGACCCCGCUGUCGUUGUGCAGAAGAAAAUGAAGAAUGUCGGAGUCGAGUGCAUCGUCAGAGGCUAUCUCUGGGGGAGCAUGGCUGCCGCGUACGAGAAAGGCGAUCGUACUUUUUGUGGCCUCAAGCUGGAGGAAGGCCUAAUCAGGUUUCAGAAGCUCCCCACACCGAUUUUUACUCCUACCACCAAAGCGGAAGUUGGCCACGACGAGAAUAUGACUAUGGAGGAGGUGGCAUCGUAUUGCGGCGCCGAUGUGGCCCGUCAGAUCAAGGAACUGUCUUUCAAAUUGUAUGAGAGAGGAGCUCAGUUGAUGCGGGACAGGGGCUUGAUUCUUCUUGACACCAAGUAUGAGUUUGGCGUCGAUGAAAACGGUGUUUUGCAUGUCAUUGACGAGGUCAACACUCCCGAUUCCUCUCGCAUGUGUGAUGUGAAGGAGUGGGAGAGUAAAUUCCCACAGAUUGAAAAGCUCAUGAACGACGGAAAUUACCGCAAUGUUUCGGAGUUGCUGAAGGAUCAUCCCCAUCUGAAACCGGCUGAGUUUUCGAAGCAGUAUGUUAGAGAUGCUCUCCUCGAUAUGGGUUUCAAACCGGAUCGCGAUAAGGCUGUGCCCAAGCUCUCCAACGAGCAUGUUGUCGAAUGCGCCUACCGGUACAUUGCUGUGUGCGAGCGGGUGACUGGACAACCGUUCGGAUGGCCCUCGAAAGCAGUUAAGAUGACUCCUGAAGAGCGGGUCUGCAGUAACUUGAGGCACCAUGGAUUCAUUAAAGGUUGCUGUGUCGCGGUUUUUGCUGGAAGUGACUCUGAUAAACCUCACAUCGAUAAAUGCCAAACUGAACUUACCAAGUACGGUAUCCCAUCGCAUUACAGGAUUUGUUCAGCCCAUAAGCAGCCGACAAGACUGGAGUCUGCUUUGCAGAUGUAUAACAAAUCUAUCGAGCCAAUGGCUAUCAUUGCCUCUGCGGGUGGCACGGAUGCGCUGAGCGGCACUGCCUCUUUCCUAUCGGUCUGGCCUGUGGUAUCAUGCCCUCCUGACCCUCACAACCCAUCCUGUAUUGGAAACCCUCCGCUUUCCAGCAAUGUAUAUGUUCAACGUCCUGGAAAUGCGGCGCGUUUCAUCGCGCAAAUGUUCGGCUCGUGCUGCAACGUCAAAUCCAUUCGUGGUGCUUUAGUAGACGAGGCGCAUGGUAAAGUGAAGAAGCUGAUUGAUGCUGAUAAGUGGAGUGCAUGAUUGAGUUUGACGAAAUUUUUAAUUUUUCCUUUCUAUUCCAAAGCCUCCAUGAGAUGAUAUGAAUACGAAUUUUUCUGUUUCAAAC